GAGGUUUGCAAUUCGAGAUAAAGAGGUGAGGGCAGUAUGGGCGGUUUCCGCAAGGAUAAAAGCGGACUGUAUCUCAACAAGGGCAGAUGAGUGUAUCGUAAUUCUUAAGCCUAUGUACAAGCUUAAAAUAAAUAGGAAAUCACUACACUCCUUAUAGUGUUGGUGUCAUUCGAGUGUUGAAUAAGCUAUGCCCCAUCGGCGGCUUUAGAGUGGACGUGCAAGGUUGAUGCACUGCCUCAUCAAGCGGCGAUGUUUAAAAGCCAGAGAGAACAACUUCCACUUCCUCCUUCGCAUUCAUUCUUACGAGGACCUCGUCACUCCGCUCCUUUUCAAAUCAAUCAGAGAUAAAGAAAGCGCGAUUUUGUGCAAAUUAAUUGUCCAUCACUUGAGGGGAUGAGGGGGAUCUGAUGACCCCAUACAGAACCAUUACGCGGCCUCGACGCUCAAUUUGAGUCCAAGCGACGAGACUUAUACGGAAUACGAACAGAAAAGGGAGCUUCGUCACGGAAUAAUCAACCAUUUUAAAGGAGGAUUCAUAUUCGUAAGAGGAUUGUCACUCAAUGGAUUAAUUUAAAAAAUAUUCUCCGUCUUCAAACAAGUCCCCCUCAAUGGAUCUUUGCUUUGGCUUUGGGUGGCGGCGUAAGAGCCGACUAAUCCAAUUACUCAUGGGGCCACGCAAUGCCACGCAACGCAUCGUCGCUCCUCACCAUCAAAAACUUCCCUCAGCUCCGCCCAGAAAAUAAUAUGCCCAAAAUACCAGCAAAUCCAUUCCGUUCUCCCUCUGCCAUGGAAUCUUCAACAUGAGACUCUUGCGGUUUAACCGUAAAUUUUGAGUUAAAACACUUCCUUGACUAUGACUAUGACAUGACUGCAACAAGACAAUGCCCCCACCACAUCCCCCCGUGUUAUCCACCACGCACGAACACGAUCAUAUUGUCGAUGCUUCUAUUUUGAGCAUCAUAAAGCCACCGCUGCCAAGUCGACGGCCGAGAACUGCUCAGUCACCGAACAAUGCCGAGGUCUUGGUACCGCCACUCAUCGCUGGCGCUCUCGUUGCAGCUUUCGCUACUGCCCUUGCCGAUGGGUUGAAUAACGAACUUCUCACCCAUUAUUAUCUCCCCGAGCAAAAGUUUCGUGUCAACAUUGAUAGGAUAUUGGAUCGACUGUUGUCUGAGUUCACGUUGAUGUUGUGGGAUGAGCUGUGGGCUUUCUAUUGUGACUCGAAUCCGGACUCGACUGAGCAAAUCAAGAAAUUGUUCGAUGGACCUGUUUGCCAACUCAUAUUGAUCCUCAAUGGACCUGAAGCACCACGAUGCUUGCUUGAUAAGCUCGGCCCUGGUAUAUCGAAACGUCCGGCAACAUGGUCCGAGUCGGCACGGGGCAUUGAACUGCCCGUUGCUCUCCAACUCCUCUGCAGCUACUGGGAUAGAGAAUACCCAGCCCGCUCACCCAGGGGCACACCGAAUGAGAUUGCUGCUUCUCUCCAUACCUACAUCACCACAGGAAGGUCUGCGAGACAUCUUAUCUCAAGGAUACGCGAAGUCUUGAUCUCACCCCACUAUGUGCAGAUGCAUCUCAUGGAAUCAGCUCUGUGGCACAUCCUCAUGAAACCCCCCUAUCGACCCCCUGGAGACGGAUUCCACGCCAUCCAGUUCAAAUUUGAGUGUCAACUCUUUGGCCCCCUUCAAGGUAUCGGAGACCCUCAACUCGUCAAAAUGGGCUCCUUGCCGGCUAUUACUGGGACCGCCAAUGACUGCGUUUACACCACGAUAUCUGAGUACACAGAUAAGCAAUGGCCUAAGUGCGGCGAACUCCUCCUGGGUUGUAUCGAAGACGCCGUCAAAGAAGCUUCAACGUCGAGUUGUGAGGGCCACUCAUUCACCGGCAUGUCGAUUUGGGAUGGUACCGAAAACCCAUUCUUAUGUCCUGGUCUACGUCUGCUGCAUGUCGAAGUCGAGGAUGGUUCAAUACGGUUGACAGUAUCAGCAUGGACACACACCAUGAUUGAGAUAUUACAACAGAUGGCAUGGACUUGUGCAGCACUAAGCUCCUCGCCAUUUCAGGGUUCACUCUCUGAGAGUGCGAUUGAAGUGUCGGAUUGGCAGUACAUGGACGAUUCCAUCUUUGUCGAGUGUAAUCUUUCGCAUCGACCUGUGCCAGCAGGAGAUGGCUCAGCGUGGCUAAAGCAAUUAGAAGGGGCUGCUAUUGCAAACGGGUUCCCGAUAAAUCAUGUUAGGGAAGAUUCUCAGAUGACAUAGAGCGGAGGUUAUGAGGGCCAAAAGGCAUGAGUGUAUGAUCAGAGCUUUUAUUCUAGAUGAAAUGAUACCCGUAUUUAAGCAUUCAAUACUCGGUCAACAAUUCAAUCUUUAGGAGAUUCAAGUAAUCGUAGGAUAAGAGGAUCUCGUUUAUUCUUUCUUUCUUUGAAGAAGUGUCAUUGACAAAAAUGGUCUCGCCCCUGGCAAUGCCAGAUUCAAACACCGCCUAUCCUACUUAAAAUCGUCUUCGUGGAAAUCUUUGCCAUCCAUUCCAACAAUAACCAACAUGUCUUUGGAGGUUGUUGGCGUUGCUUGUUUGGGCACCCAGGCCGUAGAUCGGAGGACGCGGGCAAAAAUUCAUGUGGCUUUCUGUAAAUGCAUUCUUCCCGACUUUGCACUUCUGAGUUGACGAUCAUAAUCGUCGCCUUCAGCAUGUUGGCUAAUAUCCAACAAUUCAGGGCCAUAUGGAUGUUGCUGAAGGCUCAAAUUGCUUAUGGUCUGGCAAAAUAGCCGGAUUUGCGUUACGUCCCAUCAUGUCGGUGUGUUGUUUAUGGGUUCUCCUUCAUUGCGUAAUCGAGUCCGGAAACGUGUCGGGCGAGAGUCAGCCAGACCAAAUAUGGCCUGUCCGUAAGAACAUGGUUUCUGUUGAGAAGACGAAGAAGUAUCUUACGCGUUUUGGCGGGGUAUGCUUCAACUCGUGUGCCCAUUAGUUAGGCUCUGAGGAGAUACCAGCAAAUUGGUGGUAGUAAUAUUCGUUCGCGAUGACCGUCGACCAGCCUCGAAACAACAGAACAUAGAUCCACUACCAACGGCAUCGUGGUGUUGCUCACUGAUACAUGACAGUGGUAACAUAACGUUAAAUUGAGGGGUUUCAAAGUCAAUCCUGCCCUCCCACAAGCCCCGAUUUCAUGCUGUCGAACAUGGCGACUUUUAGUGGCUUAGAAACGUGAUAGUGAUAGGAUCAAUAUUCGGUCGACUUGUAAUUAAUUUCAUAACCUUGAUAUUUUUGUUAGCUAUUACUUCCAGUGGACAUUUACAAAGCCAACUACCUCGUGAUUCGUCGACCAAGUCUACCCAACCAUAUAUCUCCCUUCUCCUCCAGGGUAACACUAAAGCCAACUUCCCCCGUCAUCCUCCACAACUCUUGUAAUCGUAUACGGAACAGGCGUCAUUGUAGAUACGUAGUCGUCACAUAAUGGUCGGAAUUGGCGGUUCAGCUGCAAUGGAAUACGUCUUCACUGAACGGGCUGGAACGUCGAUUGCGAGGAUCUUCACGGAUGGUUUGGCCGCAUCAUGAUGCUUGUUACUGUCGCUCGAGACGGUGUCUGGCGGAAUGGCGAUGGACGCUAGGGACUAAAAUCUAAUCGUACUAUGCUAACUGAAGGACGGCGGAUGAAGUGAACCGAGUCUCAGGAAAAUCGAAUGGAUGAGCCUCAAGGUGAGAACUAAAUGGAGAGGCAUGACAUUGUCAGUUUCGCGUCCACAGACACUGAUACAUACCAUUCCCGGCAGGUUGAUUAUCCAUAGGUUAUAUCCUGGCAAAAUACACGGUGGAUUGCGUGGCAGUUAUUCCUUGCUGCGUAUGCGGCUGGACAUGUCUAUUCCUGGGGUUACGGGUAAAAUGAUCUGACGCUGCUGAAAGAAAGUCGGUGUCGACCUGAUCUGAGCUUGAUUUACUGAUUGAUUUCUUGCUUAUCGUUGGACCGUGCCGCGAGUGCGUGCGAAUUGAAGCUUCCGAGGAUUAUCAUGGGAUCGCAUCACGUGGAGCCUGUUCCGUUGCUGAGGAUGAAGUCAUUGCGCAUCGAGCUUAUUAUCGCUUCGUAUCGCGUUCACUGCAAGUUUGGUAGGGAGAGAGUCCAGAUGGAUGAGGUGGAAAAGUGAGUCAGAAGGAAGUUCUCGUGAUCAAUCGGUUCAACAACAUGCGAAUCAUCCAGUUUUACUGUUCAAGUCGUCGUUCUUCGACUGCGUUUCGGCGCUCGCCUCUCGGCGGUCGAGUUCGUUAAAAAGGUGGCAUGCUCGCUUGAGUGAGCUGAUAACGCUCUAGCCAAAACUCCAGCUGGGCACUGAGUGAGCGAGUGAAGGAGAGCCAGGGAUUAACGGGAUCCAUCCAAACGUCUCCACUUGAUGUCGCCUGUUGCCGACCCCACUAUCGGAUGUUGACGAUGGCCAUGUAAGACACGGGGUGAAAGAGGAAGACAAUGAUAACGUGAAGCUAUAGAAACAAAAGCAAGAGAAAAAGAGAAUAAGGAAAAACGAAGAUUUUAGCACUCUAUACUGAGGCUGGAUGAAGUUGUAUGGACCAGUGAUCCCAGGAGUGGAGGGGUGGCCGAGAUGCAGAGAUGCCCUCUUUAUGUGGGAGUCGUCUCCUUUGUGGCAGCGUCACGAAAAGAGCAAGGUACAUUUACAUGAAUUCAGGUACAAGGGACAUGUCACAAGGAACCUGGCACGCGCCCUCUGCCCAUGGGGAGACAGACGUAUCGCGCGCCAUCACGGCAGUCCCAACCUGGUCUCAAAAGCAUGACGCCUGGUACGAUAUCAGCGGCAGUAUAGCCAAGACCCUAGCUCAAGCCGAUCUCGACAAGAGGAUUCCUGUAAACAAGACUGAUUGACACCCAUCUGAUACCAAAGGCGUCUCGAUUGACUCGGCGCAUCAAGGUGCAAGCUAGUAGCAACUCAACCAGCCAAUCGACCUAGCACUUCCCCUCAGUUUGAUGCCACAAGGUUUCACGCGGGCGUUGCUGAGGGAGGGGAACGGG